GUAAUUAAGCCCCACAAUGAACUUUGAUUCUUAGCGCAUUAAAAGAGAUUAUGGUGACGUUUUUUUAUUUUAAAUUAUGCGGGACCUAUAUAAGCCGACCCAAAUCUCAUUUUUCGCUUUAGUUUGGCAUAAUGCUUGCCCGGUUUUCAUUUUUCGUGAUAUUUCUUCGUCUGCAAUUGGGAUUGGCAAAGAACAACUAUGACAUUGCAAUCAAAUCACUGAACUGUCAAGUUAUAGCCAAGUCAUAUGUCAACAGCUUAGAAUGUCUACUUGUGCGACAAAGGACUGCCGUGGUAUCGGCCAAAUUUAGUUUAAACCAAACCAUCGAGCACUUUGACGUACUUGCAACAUUUGAUUUGAUGAAAAAGGAUAAAAGCCGCAUGAAUAUAGCCGAUAUUAAGAUGGACGGAUGCAAAUACUUGGGCUCGAUGUACCAAAACAACAUCGUUGGCAAAUUGUUUAAAAGGCUCAAAUCUGUCAGCAAUUUACCAGCCAACUGUCCUGUUUUAAAGGGAAAACUGUACGAGAUCCGCAACUAUACAUUCAUUUCGGACGAAUUCCCGCCAGGAGCUCCGCAGGCCAAGUGGCAAGUGCGACUGAAAAUGCUGAAGAGCUCCGAACUGGUUGCGGACAUAUCAAUUGAGGGCGCUGUGGUCUAUAAUACGUGAUGUUAAUGCAUAAUGGAUGCGACUAAAUACGAAUGCUCCAUAACCAUAUCCCGCUUGCUGGUGCUGCUCCCUGUCCCUAUUUAUUAUUUUUGUAAGUGCUAAAUGCACACUGGAAAAAACUACACACUUUUGCCUUUUUGGUUUUGACUUUAAACGUGGCUUUCUUCUGCCAAGCAAUAAAUGAAACUCUACUGUGUUAAUAGCUCAUAUAGUCACUGAAGUUUUACUGUUCCAAGUUAAAAACAAUUAGAUGAAUACCACCUGUAUUAUUAUUAAAUGAAGUUGAAUUGUUGCAAAGAUAAAAAGCCUUUUAAUAUUACCCUUGCUAUCUGUGAGUAGUUAGUUAGGAGACUUUUUUCUGAGUGCACAUUUGUAGUGUAUACAUAAAACUAAAGACUCACCCAUGCACACGCCCAAUCCGCUGCUAAUGGGCAGCUUGGUCAC